AUGCCCAACACCGCGAGGUCCUUCGCCGUCAAGCACUCCGACGGAGAACCACUAACUAGGGCAGACCUCCAGUACGACCUCCUCCACCAUAUUUUCUCCAACACGCAGGCUGUGUUCAGCGAUCCGUAUCGCACCCUCAAUGGCGCACCUGCCGGCACAAAGGUCACCUUCCGCGAGCUGUACAUCAACUCGCUCCUCCACUCCCCGCGCUGCUCAAAGGCCUCGAGAGACAAGAUAAUCGAGUCCCCCGCGUUCGGCAUUGAAUUUUCAAAAAUGUCCCUCCUUUCCAAUGUUGGCCGCAUCAACACCACAAUGGCCUUCUUUCCCGAGAUGCGCACUGCCCUACGAACGUAUCAUCCCGUGCCAUCCCUGCAGAAGACCAACGGCAACCUUCAGGACGCGCCGCGCAUCAAGAACAUCCUCAAGUCGUGCUACCUUGACAAUGAGAUCAAUGGGAUUAUUCUCUCUCCUGCGGACAUCCUUUCUCGAGCUCGGGCGGGACAGGUACCACCGACCACGAUCGUUAACAUUCUCUUCACAUUCUCUACCCAUGCCCCGUAUUCUUCGGAGACACGUGCACACGCGUUUCUCUGGCUCUGCUACCAUUACCACGAAGCACCGUCGUUUAACCCGUUCUCCGACGACCACGCGAAUGCGCAUCCUGGGCACAUCCCAGCGCUCCGCGAGCUAUUGCCUGAAGAGGCCGCGCUAGAGAACGUCGAUCCCCCAGACGAGCGUGACUGGGGGGAACGCAUGACCCAGCAGCGUCGCGACUUUAUGGAGAGCAAGUCGCGCGAAGAGGAGCUCGACCCCUCGCAUGAGGAGCGGCCGAAGCCGCGGGGGAAUGCAGCGCGUAACCGGGCCCGCACACGCGCGACGAUGAGGGAGAUGGCCUCAGUGGCAGGCCCGGAGCCCGCAGCCGGUGUCGCGGAGCUGGACAGAGAAGCGUCGCCGGCGGAGACUCAGGACGUGGUCUCUCCCCUGCAGGACGUCCACAGAGAAGCUCCAGAAGCACGUGCCACGCGCGUAGGCGUCUUUAAGACCGAGGAGUCGGGCCAGCCGCCAGUGUGGGCCCUCCCUCCUCCCUCCCCAGUCACGCCGUGGGACAUCCCCAGCCCACCCAGUCCGCCUGCCCGUUGGGGACACCAUCGGCUUGCCCCCCGCGCUGCGCGCCACUACCCCUCGCCGCCGCGCCGGCCGCCUCCGUCCCCCCCGCCUCGCCUCCCGUCUAUUCCUGACCUUCUUGCCAGCCCUCGCGAGUGUGCAGAACCUUAUCCCCGCCCCCGGCAUGCUCGCCCGAGCGCAGAAUAUUUCCCCACGCACGGCCGACCGACGCGCACACGCGACGUACCCGUGCCCACGCCAUACCUCGGCUCACCGUACCAGUACCCACCGUAUAUCCACCCUUCGCGUCUUCACCCCGCGUUUAUUCCCGCACCGCCGCCCCCGCCACCUCCUCCGCCGAUUCCUCGGCGUUCGAUGCUGGAACAGGCGUGGCAUGUCAUGAUGUCCACGGACCCUCUUCUAGACUCUGACAAUGAAGAAGCCGAUGAGGAUAAGCGGCUUGAUUACAUCCUUCGGCUGCGUAUAAUCAGCAGAUUGCGAGGAAAAGAACCGACCCCGGAGCCCGAGGCGAUACCCCCAUUCGUUCCAGUCAUUCACAACAAUGCCCGCUUGUAUACCGCCACAGCCUAG